AUGAAGCAGCCAAGGGCACAGGAAACUCAGCUCAUACCCGAACCAUUGUGGAUUUUAGCUCAGCGAAAUAACACUCGCACGCUCAGAGAUGGUGCCAUUGCCGUCAUAGAACCUACAUGGAACUCCUACAGUCGAUGGGAGCCGAUGGAAGUUGCGUAUACGCAACCAUUUGGAGCUGUAUAUCAAUACGAGGUGAAUUGGAAAUACUUUACAAGCUUUCUUAGUCUCCAUUUGAUAAAGUUCAAAAACUGCAUUCCCAACAAUUGUAAUUUUAUUUGAGGAAUCUUUGGCAUAGAAUGCCCAAAACUUUGCUAGUCUCUCUAUAUAUUUGAUGACUUGGAAUUAAACAUAAACUUCAGCAGUCUGGGUCUCUUGCAACUUCAGCAUCUACCAAUUUAUGGAGGUGUGACGUUGAUUCUUUUUUCAGUUGCCAUAUAUGCAUUACCUGGGUAUAUACUGUAAUUAAGCAUCAAUCACCACCCAACCAAACUAAACUAUCUUGAUGAAAUAAGUUUUCUUUAUCUACGUUUCAAUAAUCUGAAAACCCUAAUUCUUAAAGUCAUACGUUAUCUUCAGAAAAAUGUUAUUGUAAAACUUUCUGAGAAUCCAUGGAAUAGCGACGAUCAAUCGAGAUUAGUCCUUUCGUUUUUAAGAGAUUACGAACCCCUCACGUUAAAAAGAUGCAGUAUAUCUCGAAAGGAUUGUCCAGAUGUUUGUGUCUGCUGCUUGUCAACUUCGACAUGGCCACCCAUUAUUGUCGAAUGCAGAGAAGGACUUCUAAGGAUGCCGGAACUUUCAUGCAGGGUUUCAUAUGUGGACUUAAGGAAUAACAUUUCAAGAAAAGAUCGCAUGUCUACCCCUUGAAACUACUUUUGCUUGACAAAGGUACAUUUUAUGAAAAGUAUGUCUUCAAGUAUAAUGAACUUUUUCAUAUGGUUCAGACAACCGCUUGUGGUCUGGUUCGAUGAUUCGAGAACUAGACAAAGGUUCGAUGCCUUUCUGGCCUUCCCCCAUAAGGAAGAGGCUCUGCUGGAGAGCAUGGUAGACCCAUUAUCUACCUGCGGGACUGGAUGGCAAUUGCAAAUCUAUAAGGGACUCGCUGCGUAUCAUUCUCCUAAUGAUUGAUCUUUAUGAAUUCCACCUAGGAACGCCAGGGUUCCGACUGGCCAUCCACGAUCGGUGCAAACGUCAGAUCAUGGUUCUCUGUCGAAAUAUGCGGACCUUCGACAGACUUGACACCGAGCUAAGGACGCAGAAGGCAUUUAACACCUAUCUUGAAGAGAGGCAAUCCGAGCUUUUGGAAUAAACCGAUUUUUCUAGAAUUAUUUAAAUUAACCCCCAAUAAGGCUUUGGAUAUCCGUGAAUAUACAAAGCAUCUCCUUGUCGUCUCCCACAGUUUAUUUUUCC